CAAGUGACCAUGGCGGACACAAGGGUUAUGGAUGAGACUGCCGAGUACUCGCUGGAGGAGCAGGAGGGGUACAUCAAGAAGCUCGACGCCAACACGUAUGAGAUUGCCAAGGGCUUUGUGCCGGGCAUGCGGGUGCCCGGACGGUUCUAUGUCAACGACGAGCUGCGUGAGCUCAUGGGCGACGAGCUACGCCAGUACACCUCGGCCAAGGGUGUCGGCGGCUUUGUGCCCGCCCUCAAGCAGAUCGCCAACGUGGCGCAGCUGCCGGGAAUCGUGCGGUACUCGUUUGCCAUGCCAGACGUUCAUUCCGGCUACGGCUUUCCGAUCGGCGGUGUGGCGGCGUUUGACAUGGACGAUCCCGAGGCUGUGGUCUCGCCGGGAGGCGUCGGCUUUGACAUCAACUGCGGCGUUCGGGUCAUCCGCACCAACUUGCGUGAGGAGGAUGUGCGGCCGAUCCAAGAAGAGCUAGCGCAAGCGCUGUUCAACCAUAUCCCGGUCGGUGUCGGCUCCAAGGGCGUCAUCCCCAUGACCAUGGCCGAUCUGGAGGAGGUUCUGGAGAUGGGCCUCGACUGGUCACUCCGCGAGGGCUACGCCUGGCCCGAGGACAAGGAGCACUGCGAGGAGUACGGCCGGCUGCUUGCGGCGGACCCGUCCAAGGUCUCGCGGCGGGCCAAGAAGCGCGGUCUGCCGCAGCUCGGGACGCUCGGCGCCGGCAACCACUACCUGGAGGUGCAAAAGGUGGAGGAAAUCUACGACGUCGAUGGGGCGGCCAAGAUGGGCAUUGACGCCGUGGGUCAGAUCGUGGUCAUGGUCCACUCGGGCUCGCGCGGGCUCGGCCAUCAGGUGGCGACUGACGCGCUGAUCGAGAUGGAGCAGGCCAUGCGCGACGACGGCAUCGAUGUCAACGACAAGCAGCUCUCGUGCGCUCGCAUCGGCUCGCAAGCUGGGCAGGACUACCUCGCCGCCAUGGCGUGCGCCUCCAACUACGCCUUUGUCAACCGCCAGUCGAUGACAUUCCUCGUCCGCCAGGCCUUUGCAAGCGUGUUUGGCAAGUCGCCGCAGGAGCUUGACAUGUCGCUCAUUUACGACGUCUCACACAACAUUGCCAAGGUGGAGGAGCACCUUGUCGACGGCACGCCCAAGACGCUGCUUGUCCACCGCAAGGGCUCGACCCGUGCCUUCCCGCCGGGCCACCCGAUGCUCCCGGUCGACUACACCUACAUCGGGCAGCCCAUCCUCAUCGGCGGCUCGAUGGGCUCGGCCUCGUACAUUCUGCUUGGGACACAAAAGGGCAUGGACGAGACGUUUGGGUCGACCUGCCACGGCGCCGGCCGCCGCUGCUCACGCUCCAAGGCCCGCCGCGAGGUCAAGUACGAGUCUGUUCUCGACGAGCUUGCGGCCAAGAACGUCUCCAUUCGCGUGGCCUCGCCCAAGCUCAUUGCCGAGGAGUGCACCUCGUCGUAUAAGGACAUCGACGCGGUCAUCGAGACCUGCCACCAGAAGGGUAUCGGCCGCAAGGCUGUCAAGCUCACCCCUAUUUGCUGCAUCAAGGGCUAGCUCCGCCGCUGCAGCUGUAAACGAUGGCCGUACAAGC